AUGAAAGUUUUAGUAUCUUUGGGUUUAGCUGUAGGGCUAGCAAAUGCUAUCGUAGUACCAGAAUUUAUUCAACAAGUUUUUAGAUUAGAAGAUGAUUAUUUGUCCUCUCAAUUGGAAGAGUUGACUACUGCUGCAUCUGAAUCCAAUGAACCUUCUUUUAAGAAUUGGUUACCACAUUUGCCUUAUUUUUUCAAACCAACCGUUGACAGUCAAAAAUUACAAGAUGCAAUUACUGUUGAAGAACUAAACGCAACUGCUUGGGAUCUUUACAGAAUUGCUGAAAGUUCAAACAAAACUUUUGGUCAUCCAACUCGUGUCAUUGGUUCCAAAGGCCAUCGUAAAACUAUCAAGUUCCUUUUGGAUGCUUUUGAUGAGAUGAAAGAUUAUUACGAAGUUUCACUACAAUCUUUUAAGACUGCUAUGGGCAAGGUCAAUUCUUUUGAAUUAGUUGACCCUUCUACUGGGGAAGUUUUCCAAAACGUUACAGCCUUCGAUUUAACUCCACCUGUUGAUAAAUUUGAAGGUAGAGUUAUCCCAAUUUUAAAUAUGGGUUGUGAAAAAUCUGAUUUUGAACUUACUUUUGAAUCCAUGGAAGAUGAUCAUCAAUAUGCUAAAGAUGGAAAAAAACAUAUGAAAAAGAGUAAAAAGAAAUGUAAAGGUCAUAAAGGUCACAAAUCUGGCAAAUCUGGUAAAUCUGGUAAAGGUGAAAAAAGAAUUGCUUUAGUUCAAAGAGGUAUAUGUCCUUUCUCUGUCAAGAGUCAAUUGGCAGGUAAAUUCGGUUUCGAUGCAGUCAUCAUUUAUGACAAUGAAAAGAAAACCUCAGGUGGAUUACGUGGGACUUUGGGAACUCCAAAUAAGAAUUCAAUUGCAACUGUUGGUGUCACUAAUGAAGUUGGUAGAACGAUCUUGGAUAGCGUUCAAAAUAAUCCAAAAUAUUCUUUAUCUUUAUAUGUUGAUGCAUAUGUCAAAAACAUCAAGGUUAACAAUGUAAUUGCUGAUACUAUUCAUGGUGAUCCUGAAAAUAUUGUAGGUUUAGGUGCACACUCCGAUUCUGUUGAAGAAGGACCUGGUAUUAACGAUGACGGUUCCGGUUUGAUUUCUCUUCUAACAGUCGCCAAACAUCUUUCUCAUUAUAAAGUUAAUAAUAAAGUUCGUUUUGCAUGGUGGGCUGCUGAAGAAGAAGGUUUAGUUGGUUCAAACUAUUAUGCCAACUCUUUAAGCCCAGCUGAAAAUCAAAAAUUGAGAGUCUUCAUGGAUUACGACAUGAUGGCAUCACCAAACUACGAAUAUGAAGUUUACGAUUCUAAUAAUAAAGACCAUCCGAAAGGUUCUGAAGAAUUAAAGAACUUAUACAUUGAUUAUUAUAAAUCUAGAGGCUUGAAUUAUACCUUAAUCCCAUUUGACGGUAGAUCUGAUUACGUCGGUUUUAUCGAAAAUGGUAUUCCAGCUGGUGGUAUUGCUGCCGGUGCUGAAAAGGAUAAUGUGUUUAAUGGUGGUGUCCUUGAUAAAUGUUAUCAUUUAUUGUGUGAUGAUGUCUCUAACUUGUCCAUGGAAGCGUUUAUGGUCAACACACAAUUAAUUGCCCAUUCUGUUGCUACUUAUGCUAAAUCAUUUGAGGGUUUCCCAGAACGUCAAACCAAUGCUACAUUAAACAAUGUUGCUAAUGAAAGUCUAUUAAUGAAAUAUAAUGAACAUUGGAUGAAUAUGUAA